UCACACUGUGUUAGUAAGUAUGGCGGCAAACGAAAACAUGGAAGGAGAUGUGACAAACAGUGGCGGAAAUAUGAUCGUUGAAAGUGUCAUCAAUCGAUGGAUUGUGGAUUAUUAUACAUCAGUGGCGCUUUGUGCGUUUAGAAAUGGAAAGUAUAGAGAUUUCUGUGAAAUCAGGGACAUACUUCAAAAUCUGUUGGUUCGUCCGCUUGAAUCUACCGAUGUCAUGCCUAGGAAGAUACAAAUAAUGCAGUUUCUCUCCCGGAUUAAUGACGGUGAAAGACUGGACUGUUGCUUUGAGUCUGAGCCUGCUACACCACUGGAAUCAGCCUUCAUUAUAUUGAACAACAUCAGUGAGGAUUUAAAUGUUUGUCAGCAAGAUUUAAAGAAAGUGCACAAGUCAAUACGGGAGAUGCUGGUAAUACUCUGUAUCAAGAACAAGCAGUAUGACAAAGCAAAGGAAGCCUUAACAAGAUACUUCCCCAAAGGCAUGGUGGGAAAGAAAGCUAUUUUCAUGGGCCUGAUCAACAAGAAGAUUAACAAGCAUGUCGUGCUUGAGCAGGUUACGUACCAGCAGUUCAGGGAAGAGAUGGUGCAGUUCUGUGAGAGCCUGUUCUUUGAAAGUGUUCCUUUCCUGUCCAGGGUUGCAAAACAGCUCAUCGAGGGAAGAAAGGCUGCAGAGCAGAAAAAGAACACAACAGAGCAAGAUGCAAGCGUGGAUCUGCCACAGCCCCCGGCAGACAAGCCUGACACCAGUGCCCCUCCUCCUCUUCUUCUGAAUCGCCCGCACGUCGUGGAUGCGGUCACAGCUCUGGCCAAGGAGCUUGGGGAGGAAAAUUCAUUUGCACGGCUGGAGAACGAGUGGCAGAAGGGGAAAAAAAAAGAAUCAGGCCCCUUCUUCCUGUGCCUUUCCCCCAGCCCCUUAGAGGGCUCGGAUGCGGAGCCAGAUCAGGACGAUCCUUCCCAAAGAGACUCAGGCAGCAGAAUGGAGGCUUUCCAAGCCAACAAGUACCCAGCAACAGAGGUGGAGAUUGCCCCCAUGGUGCAGGAGGACCCCUUGGUGGAGUUAGUCCCCACGGUGCAGGAGGACCCCCUGGUGGAGGUUGUCCCCACGGUGCAGGAGGACCCCCUGGUGGAGGUUGUCCCCACGGUGCAGGAAGACUCCCUGGUGGAGGUUGUUCCCAUGGUGCAGGAGGUCCCCCUGGUGAAGGUUGUCCCCACAGUGCAGGAGGUCCCUGAAGAGGAGAAGGUUGCCAGAACCUUGCAGAAACGCAGUAAGCUGCACACUAUGGCCAGGCUGGUGAUGGAGCCAGACAGCCAAUUGUCCCAGCAGGAACCAGUGGCCUCUGAGCAGGAACCAGUGGCCUCUGAGCAGGAACCACCUGUAGUGGAGCUUGAGAAACUGGCUGGACCAUCCAGAAGUCUGGAGGACCCCCUGUCUUCUCAGCCAGCCUGCAGAACACCCACCAGGAAGCACCGCAAGCGACCAGCCCCUAGCGAGGUUGAUGAGAUUUCAAGUGAAAGUGACGUGGACGUGUGUGCUCUGGAUGACUCCUCAGAUGGAUCUCCCAAAAGACAAGCCAAGAAAAGUUCCACCCCCCAGAAGAAUCACACCCCUCAAAAGGGGGACCCCCACCAUAAGUGGAAAAAGUUGUUAAAUCAUGCAAAGGGAAUCAAGACUACGUGGAGUGAAGAAGACUCGCUCUUUAACACGCCUCUCAAAGACGGGUCAGGCGACAGCUCCUCUUCGAGAAAUUCAGGGGGCAAGAGGAGGAUGUGGUCCCUUGAGGAGACCGAGUGGUUACGGAAAGGAGUGGCCCGCUAUGGCGAAGGCCACUGGGAAAGAAUCAAGGCGUCUUAUCCGUUCGGCGAUCGAACUGCAGUCAACAUCAAGGACAGGUGGAGGACAAUGAAGAAACUAAAUAUAGCGUGAAAGGAGAAGUUUGAAAGACAAGAAAACUCAUGUCAGUUAAGAUGGUCCUGACGGGAAACCCUGAGGCUGACAGAAUAAUCAGAUCUUGGAAGAAAAAAAUGAUCUUCUUGAAAUGUAUGGUUCUGUUUGGCAUAUAAAGCUUGAAAUCUGUAAUGAACGUUCAAUUAUUAUAUUUUUAUCUGAUGUAUGUACAGGUAUUUUUUAGACUAGUUUUGUUAAAAUACAUGAGCAGAAAUGUACAUACAUAUGGAUUCAGGCAGCAUUUAUAUUUGAUAAAACAAUAUUUUUUUUAUGUUAUGCAAAUGAAGAUAUAAAUGUUUCCUUAGAUUUCUGUAUUUACUUAAAUGUCUAAGAACAAACUAAGUUCUAUUAGUAGCAUUUGAAAGCAACCAGGCUGUUUUUUCCUUCACCAGAGUGCAUGUCAGUACAGUGGUCUGACAAUAAACAAGUU